AUGCUUAAGAGUCAGUUUGACAUGAAAGACAUGGGUCUUGCGGACGUUAUUCUUGGUAUUAAGAUCACAAGGACUUCUGAGGGAAUCACCUUAUCUCAGGAGCAUUAUGCUGAAAAGAUACUUGAGCGGUUCAAGAAGUAUUCGAAUGGAACUGCGAAAACUCCAGUGGAUACACAAUUGCACUUGACUAAAAACUCUGGUGAAGGAGUGUCACAAGUUGACCGCUACACAAGCAAUCCUGGUCAUACACACUGGAAAGCCAUAACAAGAGUGUUAAAUUAUGUGAGACACACUAAAAGUUAUGGAUUGCACUAUGGUAAAGAACCUGCAGUCUUGGAAGGAUACAGUGAUGCUAACUGGAUAUCGGACUCAAAGAACUCAAAAUCCACAAGUGGAUAUGUCUUUACACUAGGAGGUGCAGCAAUAUCUUGGAAAUCUUCCAAACAAACUCUACUGGCAAGAUCAACAAUGGAAUCUGAGUUCAUCGCUUUAGACAAAGCAGCAGAGGAAGCAGAGUGGCUUCGGAAUUUCUUGGAAGAUAUUCCUAUGUGGGAGAAACCAGUACCGGCACUGCGUGUACACUGUGAUAGCCAGUCGGCUAUAGCCCGGGCACUGAAUACUCUCUAUAAUGGUAAAUCUCGUCAUAUCAGGAGACGACAUAAAACCAUUAGACACUUGAUCACAACCGGUGUAAUCUCGGUCGAUUACAUUAAGUCAGCUGAUAACCUAGCGGAUCCGUUUACAAAAGGUUUGACAAGAGAUCAAGUUUUGAAAUCAUCUAAGGGAAUGGGUCUUUUGCCUAUGACAAAAGAGGAUGUUUGA